CUUUAGCCGGCGAAAGGUUUUAUAUACAAGUGGAUUUUGCACUGCCAAAUUGGUAUAACUAAAAAUAUAGGGUAGUCGGGCGGUUCACUCGUACGUCGAGCUUGGUGCGCGCGCGUCGCUCUCAGUCUCAGUGAAAUACUUGCGCGACGAGCGCACAGCUGGAGUCGACCGUCAUCUGCGUGUGAAACAAAUGCGCGCGCCCAAACAAGUGCCGGCUACAUAGUUCCAGGGUCCAAGACUGUAGUGACGCAUCAUGGGGUGCAGUGUGAGGUACUGUUUGCUGGCCCUGUCCUUGUGCCUAGUGACGGAGAGUGUGCUCGGUGUGAGAGUGGUGCCCAAGCGGAAGAAAGAGACUCGGCCGGACGACCAGUCGGCGUCGGGAGCGUCGCCGUCGUCAUGGUGGCAGGCGGGCACGGCCUCACCUUUCCGGGACACGGGUAGCAGCGGCUUCUCUUCCACCCACGGGCUGGUGCAGACGCACCCGUCCGUGGAUCCGUUCAGCACGUUCGGCAGUAUCGGGAGCACGAUCGGGCCGAACCCGUUCGCUCAGACCAGCGGCAGCGGUCCGCUGAGCGGUGGUAUCCGGAACAGCCCGCUGCCGCCGCUGACGCCGGGGGCCAAUGGGAAGCCGUCGCUGCGGCACCUGGACUUCACGAGCAGCGCCACGGCGGAGCUGCGCCGCAACCCCGCGCUGUCGGCCCCGGACGAGUGCGCGCGCGCGUGUCGCGAGAACGAGCCGCCCCGGAUCUGCUACUACCACUUCACGCUCGAGUUCUACACUGUUUUGGGAGCGGCGUGUCAGGUGUGCACUCCUAACGCCACCAACACGGUGUGGUCGCACUGCCAGUGCGUGCUGGCCGACGGCGUGGAGCGCGGGAUCCUGUCCGCCAACCGGAUGCUGCCGGGGCCCUCCAUCCAGGUGUGCGAGGGAGACAAGGUGGUCAUCGACGUGGAGAACCACAUGGAGGGCAUGGAGGUCACCCUCCACUGGCACGGCAUCACGCAGAGAGGAACCCAGUACUACGAUGGCGUGCCUUUCGUUACGCAAUGUCCUAUUCAGCAAGGAAACACUUUCAGGUAUCAAUGGCAAGGUAACGCUGGUACGCACUUUUGGCACGCCCACACCGGUCUGCAGAAGUUGGACGGUCUGUACGGCAGUAUAGUAGUUCGUCAACCUCCGUCGAAGGACCCGAACAGCCACCUGUACGACUACGACCUGACGACGCACGUGAUGCUGCUGAGUGACUGGCUGCACGAGGACGCGGCGGAGCGCUUCCCCGGCCGCCUGGCGGUCAACACCGGCCAGGACCCCGAGUCCGUGCUCAUCAACGGCAAGGGCCAGUUCCGCGACCCCAACACCGGCUUCAUGACCAACACGCCGCUCGAGGUGUUCACCAUCACGCCGGGCCGCCGCUACCGCUUCCGCAUGAUCAACGCCUUCGCCUCCGUGUGCCCGGCGCAGAUGACCAUCGAGGGCCACAACCUCACCGUCAUCGCCACCGACGGCGAGCCCGUGCAGCCCGUCUCCGUCAACACCAUCAUCUCCUUCUCAGGUGAACGUUACGACUUUGUGAUUGAGGCGAACAACAACCCUGGAGCGUACUGGAUCCAAGUGCGAGGUCUAGGAGAGUGCGGCGUGCGGCGCGCGCAGCAACUGGGAAUCCUGCGGUACGCGCGCGGGCCCUACCAGCCCUCCUCGCAGCCGCCCACCUACGACGUCGGCAUCCCACAGGGGGUGGUGAUGAACCCACUCGACGCCCGCUGCAACAUCCAGAGGAAUGAUGCCAUCUGCGUCAGCCAGCUCAAGAACGCUCAGAACAUCGACCCCGCCAUCUUGCAAGAGAGGCCCGACGUCAAGAUAUUCUUGCCGUUCCGAUUCUUCGUAUACAGACCCGAAAUGCUGUUCCAGCCCAACACCUACAACAGAUACUUAGUUGCCCCGCAAGGAGACCACGUGAUCAGCUUGAUAGAUGAGAUCUCGUACAUGGCGCCGCCCGCGCCGCUCAUCAGCCAGUACGACGAUAUUAACCCGGAGCAGUUCUGUAACGGAGACAACCGCCCCGCCGACUGUGGACAGAACUGCAUGUGCACGCACAAAGUAGACAUCCCGCUCAACGCCAUCGUCGAAAUCGUACUCGUCGACGAAGUACAAAUCGCGAACUUGUCCCAUCCGUUCCACUUGCACGGUUACCCGUUCAACGUAAUCGGUAUCGGCCGGUCCCCGGACCAGAACGUGAAGAAGAUCAACUUGAAGCACGCUCUGGACCUGGACCGGAGAGGUCUGCUUGAGCGCCACCUGAAGCAGGGCGACCUGCCGCCGGCGAAGGACACCAUCGCCGUGCCCAACAACGGCUACGUCAUCGUGCGAUUCAGGGCCAACAACCCCGGUUUCUGGCUGCUCCACUGCCACUUCCUGUUCCACAUCGUGAUCGGCAUGAACCUCGUGCUGCAAGUGGGCACGCACGCCGACCUUCCCCCCGUCCCCCCCAACUUCCCCACUUGUGGCGACCACUUGCCCCCCAUCACCCUCCACUAGAACGGUUCCUAGGUGCAGCUGCAACAAAGUAUAGCCGUUACUUUACUAUGUUACCUAAGUGUAAUUUUAUGUUUGAAUUGUGUGAUGUGUUCAGCAGGUUCGAAGUGCUCGAAUCUGCGGUCGUGUAACUUGUAAUCGUUUGAAUGGUGCAGAUAGUCUAUGUCAGUUCGUGAUUUUAUUUAAACGGUGAUAUUUUAUUGUUAACUUCCGUUUCAGUUUGGUCGUCAAUGGUGAUAAUUUUUAGAUUGAUUGUUACUUGCCUUAUAUUAUUGUGACAAUCGACUCGAGGCUAUAAUCGUACAUAAUUACUUCUAUUAUUUUAUCUUCACCGAGGGUUUAUUUCUUUCUUUGAAGACUCUCUAUUCUCUAACUAACAACUUGCCAUUGUAUUAUUUCACCAAUGAUAUUUAUAACGUGUAUAUAUUUUUAGUAAUAAUUGCUAUUUUAGUUUUAAGCGAUAUAUUUCUAAUAUAUACUACUAACACAUUGCAUGCGAUACGAACUGUAGAAAAUGUAAAUAACUGUAGAGUCUGCAGAAUGUACAUACACGUAUGAAGUACGGACCCAUUCGAUCACCUCAUCCAAAACUCGAUCAUGCUCAUUCCGAAAUCGAUAGACUGUAAAUAGAUUUUAAAAUAAUUCCUAGAUACAAAUGUUACCACUUUGUUGUUAAUAUUGUUACCAUUACUUUAAGCCGAUAUUCUGUGCAACAUAUUUUAAGUUUUGUACAUUUCCGCUUCGUAAAACGCAUUCAAAAUCCCUAGUCUAAAACUUUUUCGAAAAUCUUUUUUAUACAGCUUAACAAAGCUUCGAUGUUUGUAUAAAUGUCAACGAAAACAAAACAUUUAUUUAUUUAAAAUGUGAUUUUGAUACUCUCUAAUAAAACAUACAAAAUA